AUGCCACCAUGGAUCUGGAAUAGGAUGUCCCCGCCGUCCGCCGCAGAAGAGGCGCCCCGCCGUUGCAUGUCGCCGCCGCCCGCCGCAGAAGAGGCGCCCCGCCGUUGCAUGCCGUCGUGGAUCUCAGAUAGGACUCAAAAAGCAUCUCUCGCCGGAUUCAGAAAAUCGAGGCCUGGAAAUGCAGUCAAACGAGGGUUUGAUAUGAAGGUGUUGCCGAAAGAACCAUUGGUCUUAGAGAUAACGAUGGAAGAUUCGGUCGAGAUGGGUGGGAUUCUAUUUGGAUUCUUGAUGAGGUACGAGAAUGGUAGUUCGCUUCUCCCGCCUUUGAAUUGA